CGCGUGUGGAUGCGAUUCCUUCGGUCUUUCCCACAGUAUUUGACUCCCCUCGCAAACUUGAAAUGCAAGAAGAUCAAACCAAGUGUACGUUUCCUGCGGCUACAAAAGCUUUAUUGUAAUGGAGAGUCCUCUCCUGCUGCUUCUUGAGACUUCUUCCAACUCUUCUCCUUCCCAGCCAUUUACACCUUGAACUCAGGCAGCAACGCUUAAUCAAGAAUUGCUUUAUUUCUUUUCCCAGUUUGGAAGGGCUUGAUGGGGGGAAAACCCUUGUGGAUUCCUCCCGCAUUGGAUUUCUCCUUGUUGAAUAAAAUUAAAGUCUCUCCUCCUCUCAGGCUCCUCCCAAACACCUCCAACUUGGUCUCACAACCUGAACCCCAAUCCAACCCCAUCACACUCCCUCCACCGCCCCAACCAUCCCACCCCAACAACCCUUUACCCGUUCUCAUCACCUUCUUUGCCAAGUCCUUUCGAUCCAUCCUACAAUCCCCGCCCGCCGCCCCGCCCCGCCGUCCGAUUUCUCGAUCGGAGGCCGGGUGCUUGGUGCCGCUCUUUCGGCCCUAUGUUGCCAAGGAGCCAUGGCACGGAGGUGUGAGGGCCUUCCUGUCGCAGUUAUUCCCGCGUUAUGGCCAUUACUGUGGCCCGAAUUGGUCGAGCGGGAAGGACCGAGGCUCGAUGCUGUGGGAUCGGCGGCCUAUCGAUUGGCUCGAUUUCUGCUGCUACUGCCAUGAUAUUGGCUAUGACACGCAUGACCAGGCUAAGCUCCUCAAGGCGGACCUCACGUUCCUCGAGUGCUUGGAGAAGCCACGGAUGGCGACCAAGGGAGGAGCCCACGUCGCCCUUCUCUACAGAGCUAUGUGUAUUGCAGGGUUAAGGUACGUGCUCAUACCUUACAGGAUGCAGCUGUUGAGAUUAAAAGCUGGUCCAUCAUUCGUAGAGGUGGUUGGGAAUUUGAUGAGUAAAGCAACAAUGCCAGGAAAGAUUGCAACUGCAAACCAUAAAGAGAGGUUGUGAAUAUGUCUAACGUAACUCCACCCAGGCUGGUCUGGCAAAGCACAUCCUCUUACAAUCUGUCAAUUCAAUGGGUUGGUGAUAAGGAGCCCCACAGUUGGUUAUGAUCAUGGGUAUAGUUUCUUUCCAGAUUGCACAUAUUGUUAAUAUUUUUGCCUCUCAUGUUGUAGUUUAAAGAAAACUCAACUAGCUAAUGGACAAUACGAGUUAUUCGACUCAUAUGUAAAGGUACAUGGAGCUUGUUAUGAACCCUUUGGUAGAUUUCCAUGAGAUAACUUGAUAAUUCUAAUAUGGGCAUCUUCUCCAUUAAA